GUCAUGCAAAAAUUCCUUUAGUAUGUGUCUUCCUCUUGCAGUUUCUCCUUUCCCAAAGCUUUUCAGUUUGUCCUUUGCUUGUACCAACUGCUAUCCCUCCUCAUAGGCUGCUGCAAGCCAUACCUCUUCCUUGGAGGUUUUCAGCAAAUACUACCCAGGAACCUGCUCCAGCCCUUGGAACAGUUAAAGCAAAGGGAAACAUUUUACAGCCUUUGUAUCUUUCUUUGAGGGAGCCACCAGACAGGCCCGCUUCCCCUACCUCAUUCUGUCAGGAGGAAACACAUGGUGUACUGUAAAUCUGCCCCAAGGACCCAUGGCUGGGGAGCUCAGAGGGUCAAGGGGACCUCUCCAGAGAAUCCAGAUUGCUCCUAGGGAGGCUCCAAACCUCCCUUUGACAAUGGGAAACUGGCUGGUUAACCACUGGCUCUCAGUUUUGUUUCUGGUUUCUUGGCUGGGGCUGAACAUUUUUCUGUUUGUGUAUGCCUUCCUGAAUUAUGAGAAGUCUGACAAGUACUAUUACACGAGAGAAAUUCUUGGGACUGCCUUGGCCGUGGCCAGAGCAUCUGCUUUGUGCUUGAAUUUUAACAGCAUGAUGAUCCUGAUUCCCGUGUGUCGAAAUCUGCUGUCCUUCUUGAGGGGCACCUGCUCAUUUUGCAAUCGCACGCUGAGAAAGCCAUUGGAUCACAACCUCAUCUUCCAUAAGCUGGUGGCAUAUAUGAUCUGCAUAUUCACAGCUAUUCAUAUCAUUGCACACCUAUUUAACUUUGAACGCUACAGUAGAAGCCAACAGGCCAUGGAUGGAUCUCUUGCCUCUGUCCUCUCCAGCCUAUCUCAUCCUGAGAAAGAAGAAAGUUCUUGGCUAAAUCCCAUCCAGUCUCCAAACAUGACAGUGAUGUAUACAGCAUUUACCAGUAUUGCUGGCCUUACUGGAGUGAUUGCCACUGUAGCUUUGGUUCUCAUGGUAACUUCAGCUAUGGAGUUUAUCCGCAGGAAUUAUUUCGAGCUCUUCUGGUAUACGCAUCACCUUUUUGUCAUCUAUAUUGUCUGCUUAGGGAUCCAUGGCCUGGGAACCCGGGAGAGGAUUAUUGCUUCUCAGUGUCUUUUCUCCAUACAGUGCUGGAGACACAUUAAAUUAGCCUGUUUUGAGUCUUGGAAGUGGAUCCUUGCGCCGAUUGCUUUUUAUAUCUUUGAAAGGAUCCUUCGCUUUUAUCGUUCCCAGCAGAAGGUCGUAAUUACCAAGGUUGUCAUGCACCCAUCUCAUGUUUUGGAAUUGCAGAUGAGGAAGCGAGGCUUUAGCAUGGAAGUAGGACAGUAUAUAUUUGUAAAUUGCCCCUCCAUUUCCUUCCUGGAGUGGCAUCCCUUUACUCUGACCUCUGCUCCAGAGGAAGAAUUUUUCUCCAUUCAUAUUCGAGCAGCAGGGGACUGGACAGAAAAUCUCAUAAGGACAUUUGAACAACAGCACUCACCAAUGCCCAGGAUUGAGGUGGACGGUCCCUUUGGCACAGUCAGUGAGGAUGUUUUCCAGUAUGAAGUGGCUGUACUGGUUGGAGCAGGGAUUGGGGUCACUCCCUUUGCUUCCAUCUUGAAAUCUAUCUGGUACAAAUUCCAGCGUGCAGACAACAAGCUCAAAACACAAAAGAUCUAUUUCUACUGGAUCUGUAGAGAGACAGGUGCCUUUGCUUGGUUCAACAACUUACUGAAUUCCCUGGAACAAGAGAUGGAAGAAUUAGGCAAAACGGAUUUCCUAAACUACCGUCUCUUCCUCACUGGCUGGGAUAGCAACAUUGCUGGUCAUGCAGCAUUAAACUUUGACAGACCCACUGACAUCCUGACAGGUCUGAAGCAGAAAACCUCCUUUGGGAGACCAAUGUGGGACAAUGAGUUUUCUAGAAUAGCUUCUGCCCACCCCAAGUCUGUGGUGGGGGUUUUCUUAUGUGGCCCUCGGACAUUGGCAAAAAGUCUGCGCAAAUGCUGUCAGCGAUACUCAAGUCUGGAUCCUAGGAAGGUUCAGUUCUACUUCAACAAAGAAACGUUCUGAAUUGUAGGAAGCAGCACAGUAGUACUUGUACACUUUCCUCUUCUCCUCACUAAUUUGUGGGUCAGCUAUGAGAUAAUCCUUUGCCUCACAAGGCCU